AUGAGCCUUUACGAGACCGGUACGGACGUCAAAUCGGCGUUCACCUGCACGGCGGAGCAGCUGGAAGAGGCCGGAUGUAUUGGCGAGGAAGACAUGUCGCCGUCGUUGCUGUGCUACGAGCAGCACAUGCUUUCCGAGCUGCUCCAUUCCGAGGGCUUGCUGGUAUGCGGAAAAGGGGUCGGUUAUGAAAAGGUCCUGCUGACGCUCCUAGCGAUGUUCCGCGAUGCCACCACCAUGGUACUGGUGGUCAAUUGCACGGAGCCGGAGAAGAAGUCGUACAUAUCACGACUUGGCAUCCGGAACAUCCAGGUAUCGUCCAUAACUCCUGCCGAGCGUGCGCACGCGUAUGGACGGGGUGGCGUUCAAUUUAUAGACGCGAGCGUUCUUGUAACGGAUCUUCUUUUAAAUCGUGUACCGGUUGAGCUAAUAACCGGAGUUAUUGUUGUCAGAGCCAACAAGAUCAAACACGCUUGCUCGGUUGCGUUCGCCCUCCGGUUGUACCGCCAGAAGAACAAGGUCGGCUUCAUUAAGGCGUUUUCCAAGAAUGCCGAAGGUUUUACGUACGGACACGGUCACGUGGAGGAUGUCAUGCGGAAUUCGUUCUUGACAGAACUUUUUCUUUGGCCACGGUCCCAUGCCACCGUUAAAGAGGAGCUAACGUCCUGGCAGCCCAUAGUCGUGGAGAUGCAGAUCCCCAUGAGUCAGAACAUGAUUCUGUUGCAAACGUACAUUCUAGACUUGAUGAAAGAUCUGGUCCGGAACAUCCAAAGCCUAAACCCGAAUGGUGAGCUGCGAGAGGUGACGGUGGAGAAUUGCAUCUCAAAAAAGUUUCCCAAAACGCUGCAGGCAGAAUUGGAUGCGAUUUGGUAUCAGUUAUGCGAGCAAACGAAGCGCAUUGUCGUGGAUUUGAGAGUGCUCCGAACUUUGAUGGUAUCAACUCUCCACCAUGACGCUGUAGCUUGUUACACGGCAACGAGGAGGUUUCGCUCGACUGAGUAUGUCUUCAAGAACUCCGGGUGGACCCUUUUGGAUUCGGCAGACAAAGUGUUCAAAACUGCUAAGGACCGGGUGUAUAAUAAGGACGAUGAAUUCGACCCUGAACACUGUCCAAAAUGGGAAGCACUAACCAAAGUGCUCCGGCAGGAUAUCCCAACAGAUAUAAAAGAAACAGCGAAGAACAUUCGCAGUAAAGACGAACGUCUAAAGCAUCUCCAUCAGCAAGUCAAGAUCUUGAUAUUGUGCCAAGAUGGCAAUGCGUGCUACCAGCUCGCUCAAUACUUGACGCAAGGACCACAUAGAUAUCUAUUCUAUAAGGCAUUGCAAAACGACGUGGAUGUUUCGAAAGCAGCCGAAUCAUAUCGCCGCUUCCCUACGGAGCAUCGUAGUGGAUACACUGUAAAGAGUGUAGAACCUAAGCAGCAGGCGGUUCCGGAAGCAUCAGCCGGUUCAUCAAGAAGAAGCCUCUUCCGAGAAAAGAUUUCCAAACGCCAUACCGAUGCAGCCAAGAAGGCCGAAGAAGAUUUGAAAGAUCAAGACGAGGGAGAGAGCUCUAUGUUCAAAAUGGAAGCGGAUCUGCUGGAGAGCACGCAGCAGGAGCAGGGAGAUAACCGGUGCUUCAAGGAUUCCUACAUACUGACAAUUUCUCAGAAAGGUGCCGCCGAGCGGACCAAUUCGGACGCUGGCGAAGAAGAUUAUCAAUGCAACGUCACCCAAAUGGAAUGCGGUGAAUUCGAACUGGUUUCAACGAUGGAAAAUGAGGAUAUCACGAAGAUUAUGACCGACAGCAACAAGCCAAUGGUUUUCAUUAGAACUUUCAAGAGCGAAAUCAACGGCACGGAUUCGUUGGAUCGCACAUUGGAGACGAUCAAACCUCGUUACAUCGUAAUGUACCACAGCCAUGUGACUGCAUUGCGGCAGAUUGAAGUGUACGCGGCACGGCAGCAGCGUCAUGAACUGGACCGGGCACGAGUGUUCGUUAUCAUCCACUCGGGAACAGCCGAAGAGCAAUCAUACCUAACGGCAGUGCGGAGAGAAAAGCAAGCGUUCGAGUUGCUUGUCGAUACGAAACAGAACAUGGUCGUGCCGGAGCACAGAGACGGGAAAUCUGAGGACGCUAUUAUCAUGCUGCAAAAGAAGCAGGAGGAUCCCACGAGUCAGGCCGGCGGAGACCAAGCAGUUGCUACCGAAAGCUUUAUCACGCCUCGUAUAAUCGUCGACAAGCGAGAGUUUCGAUCGGACCUGCCAUGCUUGAUCCAUCGCCGCGGAAUAGAGGUGGUGCCCAUGACGAUUACGGUUGGUGAUUACAUUUUGUCGCCGGGGAUUUGCGUAGAACGGAAGUCUGUCCCAGAUUUCGCCAAAUCGCUGAAAUCGGGACGGCUUUACCACCAGUGCGACAGGAUGACCCGUUGUUACGCAAAGCCAAUACUUCUGAUCGAGUUCGACCCGAAGUACCUUUUUUAUUUGCAAGGGAAUUUUCUUAAACAAUUUUCACCCAACGGUAAGCAUGAUAUCAUGUGGUUGACCCACCGUUUCCAAAAGUUGCGGCUCGUGUGGUCCCCGAGCCCACACGCGACGGCCCAACUUUUGGAAACGGUGAAAAAGGGCAGGCAGGAGCCAGAUCCUGAACGGCUGGAAUCAGAUGCAGAUGUUGUAGAUGAAUCCUUCAAGGAUCGCAAUGUUAACUUUUUAAAGAACUUGCCAGGAAUUGACUCGGGCAACAUUGCAAAAGUAAUGGCAAAAAUAAAAAAAUUAAAGGAAUUAUGCCGAAUGAACCAAAAACAGCUGGAAGGAUUGUUGGGCAAUGAAACAAAAGCCCGAGUGCUGUGGGAAAGUUUGCACGAGGAAAUAUAAUCGGAAAGAUGGAAGAGAUUCAUUUUCAUUUUUAGUUAACAUCAAAUUCAUGAUAAUACUGAUUCAACAAUUUGCCGCCAUAAUACUCGAUUUGCAGCUGCAGCUCUCCAACCUCGGUCGCGCCCAACAUUCGCCUGAUCA